GCAAGCCUAGAAUGAGGGAAUUACUUCCUUAUAUUCUGUUACGUUAUCGGUUUUCAUCAAGUUGGUAACGUUGAACUCGGGGCAGAAGUUUAUAUUAAGUUAUACCUACAAUACUUGUAGUUUGGAAACGGUACGUUCGCCAGGACAGCACUCAAACCAUCAACAUUAUGUCGGGAACGGUGGACAAAGUGACGAAGGGCCAAGGAGGGGACUCUGUGGACGCCAAGCCCGGCGCGGGUGUUCCAGCGCAGUGGCCUUCGGCCCCCACUGGACACAAGGAGGUAGACGCCAACCUCCGAGAACAUUUCUACAGGUACAACCUUGACUAUCCCACCAUGGGCAUGUGCCUCAUCAUCAACAACAAGAACUUUGACAAAAGAACAGGCAUGAACAUCCGCAAUGGCACAGAUGUCGACGCCGGCAACGUGAUGAAAGCGUUCAGUAAGCUGGGCUACAAAGUGAAGGUGGCCAAUGACCAGACUGUAGAGCAGAUGAAAAAGGAGUUGUACACAGUUUCUCAGCAGGACCACAGCAAUGCCGCCUCCUUCGUAUGUGUGCUGCUCAGCCACGGCGACGAGGGGGUGCUCUUUGGCACUGACGGAGCGGUGGAACUCAAGACCUUGACGGGCUACUUCCGGGGUGACCGCUGCAAGACGCUUGUGGGCAAACCCAAGCUCUUCUUCAUCCAGGCGUGCAGAGGGACAGAGCUGGACGCGGGCAUCGAAACGGACAGCUCACCGGACAGCUCUUCAGAAAAGAUCCCUGUGGAGGCGGACUUCCUUUAUGCCUACUCCACAGCACCAGGAUACUACUCGUGGAGGAACACGAUGUGCGGCUCAUGGUUCAUCCAGUCGCUCUGCGACAUGCUCAGCAAGCACAGCUUCCAGCUGGAGCUCAUGCAGAUCCUGACACGUGUCAACUACAAGGUGGCUCUUGACUUUGAGUCCUCGUCCAACAUGCCUGGCUUCCAUGCCAAGAAGCAGAUUCCCUGCAUCGUGUCCAUGUUGACCAAAGAGAUGUACUUCUCCAAAUGAUUGGUUUUUAGUUUUCUGUUUUUAUUGGGGGCGGGGGGCGGGAGCAGGUAGAGAUUUUUUUUGUUUGCAUGUUUAAUAUGUAGGGGUGUUUCAGUGUUGGCUUGUGGUGCAUUCCCC